AUGUACGACAUGGGCUCCGCUAACCGUAACGGCCUGCGGAAGGCACAGAGCACCGAUCAACGGAAAGAAAUCAUUGCUGAGGCGGCCGCACAGCGCUGGGUUGAAGCUGCUGGUGGUGAUACUAAAUACACUGGCGGUACUCCAGACGUGCUUACAAACGAGACCGAUGCUGUUGGUCGUGAAUUUUACGACUUUUAUCGCACCUCACGUGGCGAGUUCACCCCUGUCAACACCACAGCCAACCUCACCACACACCCUACGUUAUCCAGCAACACUAAGUUUAUGAACUUCUACCCAUUCAACGACAUUGAAAUCAUCUCGCCGCGCCCGUUACUGUUUAUCUCUGGCGACCAGGCGCACUCUCGCGAGUUUAGUGAGGAUGCUUAUGCACGUGCUGCUGAACCGAAGGAGCUGCUUUGGGUGCCUGGAGCUGGUCAUGUUGAUCUUUAUGACCGCGUAGACCUCAUCCCAUUCAACAAGCUCUCGCAGUUUUUCCAGAAGAAUCUUGCUGGGAACGGGACUAGCCUGACAAAGCACUGA